CGCGAGUCUUACACAAACUCGCCUUUCGCCCUACAGCGUGCUCAAGCUGAUGUGACAAACCUUGCUUAUACCCUUGCAUAACUUAGAAGCAGCUUUUGGGCUUGAUCUUGGACCGCUUGGAUGCCUGCUCGGACGUACAAGCAUUAUGACUGCCCUGGCUUUGUCGUCCCUCGUUGGCCCACACAGAAAGAAGGGCUGAUGUCCGAGACCAUCAUUUGAGCUUCAUUCAAAAUGGGCAGCCGUCUCGACAAGAACUCAAACGUCGUGCGUAAGCGCAUCGAGGACCACACUUUCUCCGACGAAGCCGGCGAGGAGUACGAACCAAGCGCCUUCGGAGGCUUCGGCGACUACUUCCGUCGCAAGAAGAUCAAGCUUCAGAAUUUGGAUGCUGAACUCCGGCAAGGCAGCAGCAAGCCACAGAUCUUCAAAGGCGUCGUCGCCCACGUAUCUGGAUACACACAGCCGCCUCUGCACAUCUUACACAAGCAGCUGGUCGAACAUGGCGCCGGCUUUCUACAGUACCUGGACUCGAAGACCAUGGCCACCCACAUCAUCGCAUCGUCACUUACGCCCAAGAAGGCUACCGAGUUCAGUAGCUACAGGAUAGUGAAACCGGCCUGGGUCGUGGACUCGAUUGCUGCGGGCCGCAUGCUACCAUGGGACGAGUACAGAGUAAUCGAUGAGGGUCCCAGGCAGAAAGUCAUCAAGUUUGGGGAAGAUGGGAAAAUCGCGUCACAAGUGAACACACCGCGGAGGGGCUACCAUGACCAGAUUCAGAGCAGCUUCUACACAGGCCAAUUCAAAAAGCCAGCUACGGCCAACAUGGGCAGUCUGCCAAGCUCGUCCACCACGGUACAGACCCCGACGCCGUCCAAGUAUACUCCAUCUAGACUCAGGGCACCUGAACACAUCGAGGAUGACUAUGGCGGCGAUGUUCUGAAAGACCUUGAAAUGGUUGAGGCCAACACUUCAUCUCCCAUGCCUGAAGGACCUCCAGAGAAAGCCGUCGAUGGUGCCGUGGCGUCCAUAAAUGCUGAAAAUCCAGGGGUGGUCAAUGGGCCCGUCCGAACCGACGAGAGUUCACACCCACCCGCACCCGAUUCUCCCGCCACUGCAUACCACAACAAUGCCCUGACGUCCGAGGAGCACAACGCAUGGCUUCUGUCCGAUCCGAGACUGAGAAAAUCGUCUACCGCAAAUCCAGACUUCCUCAAGCAGUACUACUCGGAGAGUCGUCUGCAUCACUUAUCAACGUGGAAGGCAGAACUCAAGUCCAAAAUGCAAAGACUCGCUAGUGAAAAGGGCACCAGCACAGCCAAAGCUGUCAAGCGCCGACCUGGCUCCCGGCGUUAUGUCAUGCAUGUGGACUUUGAUAGUUUCUUUUGUACGGUCUCUCUCAAGAAUGCACCGGAGUAUGUCGACAAGCCAGCUGUGGUGGCACACGGCACUGGUACAGGAUCAGAGAUCGCUUCCUGUAACUAUCCUGCGCGGAAGUUUGGUGUCAAGAAUGGAAUGUGGAUGAAACGAGCCCUGGAACUGUGCCCAGACCUCAAGGUUCUACCCUAUGAUUUCCCUGCGUAUGAGGAAGCUAGUAGGCUGUUCUAUGAAGCAAUACUAGAAGUGGGUGGUAUUGUCCAGAGUGUCAGUAUCGACGAGGCUCUCGUUGAUAUCACUACGCUUGUCCUGGCUGGUUCGGGGUCGCAUGGCCACGGUGUCUCCGAGGGAAACGUUUGGAGAGAACAAGAGAAGGCGAAUCAGCUUGCUAGUGAUCUUCGCAAGCGAAUCAAGGAAAGAACGGGCUGUCAAGUCUCCGUUGGCAUCGGCGGAAACAUUCUCCUCGCCAAGGUCGCACUUCGCAAAGCGAAGCCUGCGGGCCAGUACCAAAUUAAGCCGGAGGAGGUCCUCGACUUUCUAGCCGAGCUUACGGUGGAAGACCUGCCAGGUGUAGCGCACAGCAUCGGCGGGAAGUUAGAGGAGGUUGGAAUCAAGCUGGUCAAGGAUAUUAGAGAAGUCUCGAAAGAGCGUCUGGUGUCUGUUCUUGGCCCCAAGACAGGCGAGAAAAUCUGGGAGUACUCGAGGGGCAUCGACCGCGCGGAAGUGGGCGACGUGUCCAUCCGCAAGUCUGUCUCAGCAGAAGUCAACUGGGGUAUCCGCUUUCUCAACCAACCCGAGGCCGAGGAAUUCGUCAUGAACCUCUGCAAAGAGCUGGAAAAACGUCUGUUGAACGAGGGUGUCAAGGGCACAAAUCUCACAAUGAAGAUAAUGCGACGGGCUCUAGACGCGCCACUGGACCCUGCAAAACACCUAGGCCAUGGGAAGUGUGAUACAUUCAACAAGAGCACAUCAUUUGGGGUCGCGACUUAUGAUGCCGACAAGAUCGGCAAAGAGGCUGUCUCCAUACUGCGAUCCUUCAAGUUCAGCCCUGGAGACCUGCGCGGCUUGGGUGUCCAGAUGCAAAGAUUGGAACCGAUCAAGCCCUCGGCGGCGCCUGAUGGGAGCCAGAAGAGACUCGAUUUUGGUGCUUUUGGGAAUGCUGGUUCUCAUCCAUCGAAGAAACCGGUAGCACCAAUGGCACCCAUUGGUUUCGAUGACAUUUCCGAAGCCGGUAGCCCGGCAAAAGCAGCAAUUGCAGCUGAACAGACACGGCGAGAUGUGUCUGGAGACCCUAUCUCGGAUAACCCACUUACUCCGCGGAAGCCGAAAGGGCUCUCCAUACAUCCUGCUCUUGCAUUGUCCAGAGCAAAUGAGGCUGAUAAGAAAGCGAACACGCCGUUGAACGUCAUGGGGACUCAAUUUAUCAUGCCGUCAAAUCCAGACCCGGAAGUCGUUGCAGCACUUCCCCAAGACAUCCGAAGCCGACUCAUGGCGCAGCAGCCCCGUCGAGACCCCAAUUUGGUAUCAUCGAGAGAGGGCUCGCCUGUAUUGCAAAACACAGGCGGACGCCAGUCGCGGGAUCAGAGUCCAGCUGUAUUUGAGCCUCAAAUUCCAGCAGACAUUGACCCCGAAGUGUUCAAUGCCCUCCCGGACGAGAUGAAGACCGAAGUGCUUGCACAAUACGCUCCAAGGGCCCGAAAUCCACCCAGUGUACCUGUCCAACCACAAUCACCACGUCGGGACCGUAUUAUCCGUCCGCAGCCUCAAAGAAGCCCUGCCAAAAGAGGACGAGGACGGGGCGGGACCAGGGGCAUGCUGAGCAGGACGCGCGAGAGGCAGCGAGAUGCCAGUGUCGGGCUGAUGCAGACGAGCUUCGUUGCGGUGGGCAACAGGAGGUCAGCACUGGAGAGCGCCGUAGAGGAGAUCGAGGAGCUCGACCAGGCCUUCCUGGCUGAGCUGCCGGAGGAGGUCCGCAAGGAAGUCAUAGCCGAUCACCGCAGGCGCAAACUCGCUCAGAAGUCGGGACUCGGCCUCAACCUGCAAGGCCCCGGGCGGCGUCAUGCCGCGGACCGGGCAAGGGGCACGGCCAGCAGCGGCCAGACCAAGAUCGCCUUCCCAAAACCCCCGGCCAAGGUCUCAUUCACGGCAACCUCGCUCACCUCCAUCCAAGAGGUGAAGGACAUGCUGAGUGCCUGGCACAGAGAGACUCAGGAUGAAGGGCCGCACAGGGCUGAUGUUGAGGUAUUUGAGAGAUAUCUUGCCCGCGUUGUGACGGAGGAGAGAGAUAUGGAAAAGGCCAAGAAGCUGAUAAGGUGGCUGGACUGGCUUGUCGAUGACGGUGAGGAUAGCAAGGGAAGACAGGGGUGGAUGGAUGCUUUUGCUAACGUCAAGAACGCUGUUGAUCGGGCGCUGGGGGAAAGGGGCCUGGGACAUAUGGUGCUCUAGGCGGUGAUUCAUUGGGUACGGAAUCCUAGGCUAUGGCGCGAUUAUCUGUUCAGCGGUAUGGCAGAUGCAGAAUGGAUAUAUGAUGCUAUUUCUUCACAAGGGAGCUGGAUGGCGAUCCGAUUGCCUCGGAGACUGGAACUUACAUGAUGGCAAGGCCCGACACUAGACGGCUGUCCAAAAACCGCUUGCAAAACACCAUGACUUGGUCCAAGACGGGCGACGGGCAAGUGAGUGAUUGAAUAUCUGUAUCCAAGAUGGGACCAGUGACGCGGCGGCUAUGAUCACUUUGUACUUCAUAGUAGACCCGGUGCCCGUAUUGCGAGUUGGAUCACAUAGCACAUUGGGCGCCUUCUGCCAAGCUAGAUCUGGUAGCGAAGUGGCA